CUUGUAUUGACGGUCAUGCUGACAUCAGUUGUCAUCUAUCUCUACACCGUGAUAGCAUUCAACUUCUUCCGCAAGUUCUAUGCCAAAGAAGAGGACGGAGAAAAGGAAUACAAAUGUAACGAUAUGCUCACGUGCUUCAUAUUCCACUUACACUCGGGUCUGAGAGCUGGUGGCGGCAUAGGUGACGAAAUAGAACCUCCUGACGGUGACAUCCACGAAGCUCUUCGAAUCAUCUUCGAUAUGACAUUCUUCUUCUUUGUUAUCAUUAUUCUCCUUGCUAUCAUUCAAGGUUUGAUUAUUGAUGCGUUCGGUGAUCUGAGAGAUCAACUGGAACAAGUUCGCGAGGAUUUGGAAUCGAAGUGUUUCAUUUGUGGCAUUGGAAAAGAAUACUUCGAUGCAACUCCGCACGGAUUCGAUCGACACGUGGAAAGAGAACACAAUUUCGCCAACUAUAUGUAUUUCCUCAUGCACAUUAUCAACAAGCCAGACACAGAGUUCACUGGACAGGAAACUUAUGUCUGGGAGUUGUACCAGCAACGUUGUUUGGAUUUCUUCCCAAUUGGAAAUUGUUUCCGCAAGCAAUACGAGGAGGAACUUCAAGCAAAAUAG